ACAAAGUUGAGCCCAUUAAUAAAAACAUGAUCUCACUGAACUGUACAAAGGAUCUGAUGCUAAUGUGAAGCACAGCAUCUGGCUGAGCAAAUCAUGGAAACCAGAGACAGAAGUCAAGCUUCCAUACUCCUUGGAGCUCAAAUCUGCACUUGGAAUCUCAUUUUCAGCUUCAUAAACUCCGUGUCCGUUAAAUGUGCAGUUGACUUAGGCAUACCAGACAUCAUCCACAACCAUGGCCGACCCAUGCCCCUUUCGGAACUCAUUAUUUCUCUACCAAUCCAUGCUUCCAAAGCCACCUUUGUCCCCCGCCUAAUGCGCCUUUUUGUCCAUAAUGGCCUCUUCUCUCAGCAACAAGUACCAGAAAAUAGCUCAGAAGAGGCUUAUGCACUAACUAGUGCCUCUAAGCUUCUGCUCAGCGACAACCCCUUGAGCGUGACGCCCUUGAUGCAUGUUGUGCUAAAUCCAGUUCUGAUGAAACCAUUUUUUUCCUUGUCUUCCUGGUUCCAAAAUGAUGAUCCCACGCCUUUCAACACAGUGCAUGGAAAGGAUCUCUGGGAAUAUGCAGGGCAAGAUCCAGAACUCAAUCAAAUGUUCAAUUAUGCCAUGGCUAGCGAUGCUCAAAUAGUGACUAGUGUGGUGAUUGAGAGAUGUACGGGAAUGUUUGCAGGUUUGGAGUCACUUGUUGAUGUUGGGGGCGGCACAGGGACGUUGGCCAAGGUCAUUGCCAAAACAUUCCCACUACUGAAAUGCACUGUGUUCGAUCUCCCUCAUGUUGUUGCUGGCUUGCAAGGUAGUGGGAACCUAAAAUAUGUCGCAGGAGACAUGUUCAAGGAAAUUCCCCCAGCCAAUGCCAUUUUAUUGAAGGGUAUAUUGCAUGACUGGAAUGAUGGGGAUUGUGUGAAAAUACUGAAGAAAUGCAAGGAGGCAAUUACAAGCAAUGGCAAUGAAGGAAAGGUGAUUGUCAUAGACAUAAUGAUAGAGCAUGACAAGAAAGACGAUAAGACAAUUGAAGCACAACUGUUCUCCGACAUGAUAAUGAUGGCGCUGGUCACCGGGAGAGAGAGAAAUGAGAAGGAAUGGGCCAAUUUGAUUAUCACUUCUGGUUUCAGCGACUACAAGGUAACUCCAGUUCUGGGGAUAAGGUCAAUCAUUGAAGUUUAUCCAUAGUAGUUUCUUGCUAAUUCCUAGGAUUAUCAUUUGAGAAUUGAAGGACCUGUAUUGUGCAUCAUUGAAUAUCAUGUAUUGAUGUGGGAAGACGUGUUAAGACUAUUAAAUCUAAGAAAAUAAAGGUUCAAGUGCUUUUAUUUUAGCUUAA